GCAGUGACCAGUGAGUGAUGCCAGACUGGCUCUGAUGAUGCUAUGUGAUGGAGGAAGUGCCAUAAUAGUGUCUUGAUGGUCGAGAAAGUUGACCAAUAGGGACGUCGGUUAUAAUGUUUGUAACCAAUCACAGUGUAACAUUGCAUUCGGUGGGCGAACACCCUAUGACUGUACAGGAAAUAGAAAUAUCAAUCAGUUUGACUAAAAUACAACAUCUUAGCUGGUUCCAAUAGCUUCUUUCUUUUGAAAGUGAAGUUCACGAAACAUUAUUGUAGAAAUCUGUCACCUGUUGUAUUUACACGGAGCUACUGCCACAUAUCGAGAUGGGAGAGAUAGAGCUGUCCAGCAUGGCCUAUGUGAAAAUGUAUCUACACGCCAGCCUAUUUCCCCGGUGUAGUGUCAACGGCCUGCUGUUGUCAUCUAGCCCAGCAGGGGGCGCGCUCUGCGUUACAGACUGUGUGCCUCUGCGGCACUCACACCUACCACUUGCACCCAUCACCCAGGUUGCACUGACACAGGUGGAUGUCUGGUGUGCACAGACACAACAGAGGAUUGUUGGAUAUUACCAAGCCAAUGCUAGCGUAGCAGACAGCAGUCCUACUCCUUGUGCCUUGAAGAUAGCAGACAAGAUUGCUGAACAGUGCAAUGGGGCAGUGCUGCUAAUGCUUGAUGGAGCCAAAAUGUCUGCAGGAUACAGGGUACCUCCGAUAGUGAUGUACGAACGCAAAGACUCCCGGUGGAUGCUGAAAGACAAACACACAAUAAUGCUGAGACAGUGGGAGGAGACUCGAACAAUAGCCAAUCAGCUGCUUGACUCAGGAGACCAUUCGUUACUAGUGGACUUCGACAGUCAUUUGGAUGACAUCACAAAGGACUGGACCAAUCAGAAAUUGAAUGCCAAAAUAGCAGAACUGGCGUCUCCUGUCAACGGAAAUGUGUGAUGGACAUUCAGUGGGCUGCUAACUUAAUCCCAUGAAGAGCCAAUGUGAAAUGAUCAGAAAAAUCUCCCCUUUGAUUUUACUUUCCUUGGUUAGAUUUGUAUUUGUGAACUUGUUUUUUUUUACUUGAACAUACACUGUUACCAACCAUCUGUGGAAAACUUAGGGAAUAAACAGAGAUACAGGUUAAUGUUAUCUCUCUGUUACCUCCCUAUGCCUUUUAGUACAGCUAGAAACUAACUCCCAAUAAUGUGUACAUUUACAUUACUGUACCUUGUGUUAACAUCCCUUUCUCCCCAUGUAUCUGUUUAAUCUGCCUUUUGAGAGAUGACCGAGAUCGGUUACUUAAUACAGUGGUUCCCAAACUGGGGCUGAGAAACUUAAGGGGGGUGGGGGGCACAGAGACACUUCAGGGGAGGGGGGUCGUGGAUGGAUGGGAUUCUAGCAGAAAAAAUGUAGGAACCACUGGGUUAGUAAAUGCCAAACUGAUUUGGCAUCUAUUGAAGCCGGUCUAAUCUUGCAACCCCUCAGUCUUUGCACAUUAUGUCAGAGUCAAUUGAGUGCUUGCCAUUUUUGCCACCAGAUUACACUACUAUAACCGGUAGAUAGGAUUUGUUUCCUGUUGCAAAUUUGAAUUCCAUUGUCAUUUAUAGUAUAUAAAACCGCACUGUACUAACAACAAUAAUAAAAGUAGUUUUAAUAUUUAUUACAAAUGAA